AUGAACAACUCCACAGCGGCUGACAUUACAAAAUCAUGGACGUUUGUCCCGAUCAUGGAUACACUGAUCCUGGUGGCAGCGCUUCUGUUCAACGGUGGCCUGCUCAUCUUGUUCAUCGUCAACCGGAAUCUUCACACACCAUUCUCCGUGUACCUUUUCAACCUCAUUUUAAUGACCUUUAUCUACAUCGCCACUCAGGGUCCCAUUAACAUCCUGUACAGUCUCUACAGUAAAUGGUGGAUGGGCGAUGCGCUCUGUACAUUUCUUUUCUACACGAUUUUCCCGUCCUCGGUGGCCACAGUCCACGCGCACCUCCUCAUCACCGUUAACCGUUUAUGGGCCAUCACGCGGCCGGUUUCCUACAAGAAAUAUCACAAUACCGCUGUCGCAAUCAGGCUGUGUAUAUGCAUGUUUUUGUACUGCCAUGUGCUGCCUUUAUACGGUGUCGUCAUGGACGGACUAUACUAUAAAAUUCCUACUUCCACGGGACAAUGUUUAAUCAACAUGUCGGCACUAUGGGCAUGGGCAACGGCAACAGAGUUAUUGAACUACAACUUCCCGAUUAUCUUCAUGGUGGGAUGUAAUGCGUUCCUGUUGUACCGGCGAAAAAAACGGUUUAACGCGCGCAUCACUACCACAACGGCCAACACCAAUACGAAAACCAUGUCCAGUCAUCCAGAGAACAAUUCCAGCAAUAUGCCGACUAUGGAUAUGAAGAAACCCCCGAAAGAACCGAAACGGACGCUGGUUUUAUUGGUGUGCCUGACGUUGAGUGUGGUAAUCUGCUGGACGCCGGGCGUGUCAUUCUUCACCAUCCAGCUGGUGUUCAAUGUGGAGUUGCCGUAUGUUUGGCUGCAGAUUGGCGCAAUGAUGUUCUCGGCGCAGUCGGUAGUCGAUCCGAUUGUGUUAGCUCUCAGCUUCAAAGACGUCAGAGAAACGAUUGUGUGGGUUGUAAAAAGCUUUCGCAAAAAAGUGCUCUAA